CGGCCUCGGGGACGCGCGCUCUCGGCCGCGCGCGCUCUCGCAGUCUCCGCCACCCACCAGCUCCGGCACCAGCAGCAGCGCCGCCGCCACCGCCCACCUUCUGCCGCUGCCGCCGCCGCCGCCACGGCCACCUUCUCCUCCGCGGUCCCCUUCUGUCCUCGCCUUCUGUCGAUCAUCAGGCUUUGAAGCAGUAUGGCUGAACCCCGACAGGAGUUUGACACAAUGGAAGAUCAUGCUGGGGGCUACACUCUGCUCCAAGACCAGGAAGGAGACAUGGACCACGGCUUCAAAGAGUCUCCCCCGCAGCCCCCCGCUGAUGAUGGACCGGAGGAGCCAGGGUCAGAGACCUCCGAGGCUAAGAGCACUCCAACUGCUGAAGACGUGACCGCGCCCCUAGUGGAAGAGAAAGCUCCCGACAAGCAGGCCGCUGCCCAGCCCCACACGGAGAUCCCAGAAGGAACCACAGCUGAAGAAGCAGGUAUCGGAGACACCCCGAACCUGGAGGACGAAGCCGCCGCCGGGCAUGUGACUCAAGAGCCGGAGAAGGUCAAGAUUUUCCCAGAAAGUUUGCUUGGCGAACCAGGGCGCGGUGAAGGCCGGGCCCCAGAUUCAGGGAUCUCAGACUGGACCUGCCAACCGAUGCCUAGCAUGUCUGGGGCUCCCCUCCUGCCACAGGGCCUCAGAGAGGCCACACGCCAACCUUCGGGGACAAGACCUGAGGACAUAGAGAGACGCCACCCAGCCUCUGAGCUGCUGCAGCAAGAGCCGCCUCAGAAGGAGGGCUGGGGCAAAGACGGGCUAGGGGGCGAGGAGGGGGAGGCAGAUGAAGACCUGGACCUGGAUGAGUCAUCCCAGGACUCCCCUCCCUCCCAGGCCUCCCUGGCCCUUGGUAGGGCAGCCCCUCAGGCUGUCUCCGGGGAGACAACCAGCAUGCCUGGGUUCCCAGGUGAGGGCGCCAUCCCUCUUCCUCCUGAUCUCCUUUCCAAAGUCUCCACAGAGACCCAGGCCUUGCAGCCGGAAGGGCCCGACACUGGGCCCACGGAGGAAGGGCAGGAGGCUGCCCCUGAGUUCACAUUCCACGUGGAAAUCAAAGCCGGCAUGCCGAAGGAGCAGGAUUUGGAAGGGGCCACAGUGGUGGGGGCCCCUGGAGAGGAGCAAGAGGCCCAGGGCACCUCUGUGGGAAAGGUCCCCAAAGAGGCUAGCCCUCUGGAGCCACGUGCCAAGCAGCCUGCAGCUGGCCCGCCAGGAAGGCCGGUCAGCCGGGUCCCUCAACUUAAAGCUCGGGUGGCCGGUGUCAGCAAAGACAGAACGGGAAACGACGAGAAGAAAGCUAAGACAUCCACACCUGCUAAAACCCUGAGCAAUAGGCCCUGCCUUAGCCCCACACGCCCCACUCCUGGUAGCUCAGACCCUUUGAUCAAACCCUCCAGCCCUGCCGUGUGCCCUGAGCCAGCCACCUCUCCUAAAAACGUCUCUUCUGUCACACCCCGAAAUGGCAGUCCUGGAACAAAGCAGAUGAAACUCAAGGGGGCUGAUGGCAAACCCGGGAUGAAGAUCGCUACGCCGCGGGGAGCAGCCCCUCCAGGCCAGAAAGGCACAGCUAAUGCCACCAGGAUCCCAGCCAAGACCACGCCCAGCCCAAAGACUCCCCCGGGCUCAGCUUCCAAGCAAAUGCAGAGAAAACUACCCCCUGCAGGGGCAAAAUCUGAGAGAGGUGAACCACCGAAAUCCGGGGAACGCAGCGGCUACAGCAGCCCUGGCUCUCCCGGGACCCCCGGCAGUCGCUCCCGCACCCCAUCCCUACCAACACCGCCCACCCGCGAGCCCAAGAAGGUGGCAGUGGUUCGCACUCCCCCAAAGUCGCCCUCCGCCAGUAAGAGCCGCCUGCAGACCGCCCCUGUGCCCAUGCCGGACCUGAAGAACGUCAAGUCCAAGAUUGGUUCCACUGAGAACCUGAAGCACCAGCCAGGAGGCGGGAAGGUGCAGAUAAUUAAUAAGAAGCUGGAUCUUAGCAACGUCCAGUCCAAGUGUGGCUCAAAGGACAAUAUCAAACACGUCCCGGGCGGCGGCAGUGUGCAAAUAGUCUACAAGCCAGUGGACCUGAGCAAGGUGACCUCCAAGUGUGGCUCAUUAGGCAACAUUCAUCAUAAACCAGGAGGAGGCCAGGUAGAAGUAAAAUCAGAGAAGCUGGACUUCAAGGACAGAGUCCAGUCGAAGAUUGGCUCCUUGGAUAAUAUCACCCACGUCCCCGGAGGAGGGAAUAAGAAGAUUGAAACCCACAAGCUGACCUUCCGGGAGAAUGCCAAAGCCAAGACAGACCACGGAGCAGAGAUCGUGUACAAGUCGCCUGUGGUGUCUGGGGACACCUCUCCACGGCAUCUCAGCAACGUGUCCUCCACGGGCAGCAUCAACAUGGUGGACUCACCGCAGCUUGCCACGCUAGCCGACGAAGUGUCUGCUUCCUUGGCUAAGCAGGGUUUGUGAUCAGGCCUCCGGGGUGGUCAAUAAUCGUGGAGAGAAGAGAGAGUGAGAGUGUGUUAAAAAAAAAAAAAAAAAAGAAAAGAAAAAAAAAAAAAGAAUGAUCUGGUCCCUGGCCCUCUGCCCUCCCUGCUGCUCCUCACAGCCAGGCUUGGCUGGCUCGUCACCUAACCUGCUUUUGUGGCUCAGCUUUGGCUUGGGACUUCCAAAUCAGUGAUGGGAAUAAGUAAAUUUCACCUUUCCAAAUUGAUUGUGGGCUAGUCAAAUAAAACAAUUUUUAAGGAAAAAACAAUGUAAAAACACGGCCAAACCCAACAUUUCCUUGGAUAAUUGCUAUUGAUUUUCCCCUACCCCACCCUCCCUUUCUUAAGUAUUAGAGGGUGAAGGAGGUUCUGGAGGCUGCUGCUGGGCAGUUUUGAGGGUCUAGGGCAACUCAUUGCCCACAGCCUCAUCCUAGGGGCAUCAGGGACGGUGGCAACAACAAAAGAUUUGAAACUUGGUGUCUUCGUGGAGCCUUCGGCAGGUGAUGUUAACGUGAGAGAGGACUGUUGGUAGCGAAGGCUGAGAGAUGGAUGUGCUGGGAGUCAGAGGGGAGAGGUGAAGAAGACAGGUUGGGAGAGAGGACACUGGCUCCUGCCAAGCAGUUUGGGAAGCCCCAGCUGUCUGCAGCAGCAUUCUUGGAUGGCACAGCUGCCUGUUUGGUAAGGCCCUGGGGAGUGUUGUGGGUCUGGGUGACCUUCCUGUAGGGCAUCUUGUGGGAGUAGGGACACUGGGCGGAAGGAAGGUAGGCUAGAAGGCGGCACCUUGUAGAUUGGUUCUCUGAAGGCUGAGCUUGACCCCCCCAGGGCCCUGUCUACUUCCUCCCUCUCUGUAGGGCGGGAGUCCUGAGCUGAGGAGCUUCCCUUUGCUCUCACUGAAAAACCUAUGUUCUGAAGUUUGGAACUGCUGCCAUGAUUUUGGCCACCUCACAGACCCGGGACUUUAGGGCUCACCAGUUCUUUGUAAGGACUUGUGCCUCUUGGGGACAUCUACCUGUUCUCAAGCCUGGUCCUCUGGCACUUCUGCAGUGUGAGGGAUGCGGGUCCCAGGCCUGCCAUCCCUGCCAUCCCUGCCACA